AUGGAGGGCGCGGGCGGCCCCGGAGAGCGCCGGCAGCGGUCGGUGCGGCGCAGGGGGAUCGCCGGGCGCGGCUCCUCCGCCGGCGGCGAGCCGAGGGAGGGCGGCCCCGCUGCCACCGGGCGCGGCCGUGCCGCCGGGGCAGCCCCGGCCGGCGGGAGGCGGCCGGGGGGCUCCGCGGAGAGACGAGGAGAAGCCGCCAGGGCAGCCCCGGCCGGCGGGAGGCGGCCGGGGGGCUCCGCGGAGAGAGGCGGAGAAGCGGCGGCGGUGCCCCCCCUGAGGCUGCGGGGGGUGCUGUCGCAGCUCAGCCUGGGCCGGCGGGACGUGUCGGAGGCGUCGGGGCUGGUGAACCAGGUGGUAUCGCACCUCAUACAGGCCAUCCGCGGCAGGGACGGCGGCUUCGGCUCCAUCCGCAGGCUGGGCGCCGGCAGCUACUACGAGCGCCUCAAGAUAUCUGAGCCAAAUGAGUUUGAUAUCAUGCUUGUAAUGCCUGUCAUGAGAAUUCAGCUAGAUGAGUGUGAUGACACCGGAGCCUAUUAUUAUCUAACGUUCAAAAGAAAUCCAAAGGAAAAGUAUUUGAACAAGUUUUUAGAUGAAGAUGGAAAAUUAUCAGCCAUUAAAAUGCGUACAGCACUAAGAAAAAUUAUUAAAGAAGAAGUAAAAAACAUUAAGGAUGUGGAAGUAACUGUGAAAAGAAGUAAGGUUGGAAGUCCUGCAAUAACUCUACUGAUCAAAAAGUCUUCAGCAGAAAUAUCAGUGGACAUCAUCUUGGCUUUGGAAGUUCAGCAGAGCUGGCCUCUCAGCACUCAGGAUGGCCUCAACAUUGAACGGUGGCUAGGAAGAAAAGUCAGGAGAGAGCUCAGAAAUAAACCGAUUUAUUUAGUAGCCAAGCAAAACAAAAAAGAAAAGGUUCUAAGAGGAAAUACCUGGCGACUCUCUUUCUCACAUAUUGAAAAGGCCAUGAUGAACAACCAUGGCAGCAUAAAGACAUGCUGUGAAACCGAUGGAGCAAAAUGUUGUAGGAAAGAUUGUCUCAAACUUCUGAAGUAUCUUCUAGAGAAACUUAAAAUGAAACAUGCAAAAGAAUUAGAAAAAUUUUGUUCCUAUCACGUCAAAACUGCCUUUUUCCACUCGUGUGUCAUUUGGCCAAAUGACACAGAUUGGCAGCACGAAAACCUGGAACACUGUUUUCAGAAUUAUCUAGAGUAUUUUCUGCGUUGUUUGCAAGAUUCUCAGCUGCCGCACUUUUUUAUUCCCCAAUACAACUUGCUCAGCCUGGAUGACAAAGCAAGCAACAAUUUCCUUUCCAGACAAAUAGGCUAUCAACUGAACAACGGAUUCCCAAUAUUUCAGCAGGGAUAUUAAAAAAGUUAUUUACAGUAAUUACGUGAAAGCAAAUCAUGUAGAUUUGCAUAUUGUAAAACAUGUUUAACGCCUAAAGCUACAUCUCAGUAGUUUGAUACUAUCGAAAAACAAAAACAAACCCUUAAAAGAAACUGGAAAUUUUAAUUAAUAUUUGAUGGGGACAGUUAUGAAGGUGACCUGACUGUAAUGUGAAAAAUCCUGACAUAUAAUGACUGCUAAACAGAGGAGAAAACACCUGCCAGCUUGAGAACUUGACCUUCAGCCUAAUAACAGCCUGGAACGAACGACAUCCCGGAAGUGUGGCUGAAUAGCUCAUACCAGUCCCUCCUCGGUUACCGUUGUUACACCUGUACAUACAUUAUGUAUAUUUAUAUUACAUAGAUGGGUGCAUAUAUAUGUACAUUAUACAUAUAUAUCCUACAAGAAACUGAGCUGCUUGAGCAUGUAUAGAGAAGAGCAACGAAGCUGGUGAAUGGACUGGAAGACAGGACUUCUGAGGGGAGACCUCAUCACUCUACAACUACCUGAAAGAAGGUUGCAGUGAGGAGGGUGUUGGCCUCUUUUCUCAGGUGAGAGGGUCAGUUCUCUUCAAUGUUUUUAUAAAUGAUUUGGACACAGGACUUGCAUGCACACUGAGUUCACUGAUGAUGGAGGAGCUAGAAGGAGCUGUUGCUCCCUUGAGGAUCGAGAGGCCUUGCAGAGAGAUCUUGAUUAGAGAGCUGGGCAAUCACCAACGACAUGAAGUUCACUAAGAGCAAGUGCCAGAUUUGGCACCUGGGACAGGGCAAUCCUGGAUAUAUCUGUUCUUUGCGUAGAAGCUUCAAGGUUGGAAGAGACCUUCAAGAUCAUGUGGUCCAACCAUCGCCCUAUUGCCAAUGUCACCCACUAAGCCAUGUGCCUAAGCACCACAUCCAACCUUUCCUUAAACACCCCCCGGGGAUGGUGACUCCACCACCUCCCUGGGCAACCCGUCCCAAUGCCUGACUGCUCUUUCUGAGAAAGAAUGUCUCUUAAUUUCCUAUCUGAAUCUCCCCAGCAGAACUUGAGGCCAUUCCCUCUAGUACUAUCAGUAGUUACCGGUGAGAAGAGGCCCAGCUCCCCUACUUUCCUUUCAGGUAGUUGCAGAGAGCAAUAAAGUCUCCCCUGAGCCUCCUCUUCUCCAGACUAAACCACCCCAGUUCCCUCAGCAAGUCCUCAUAGGAGUUGCGUUCCAGGCCCUUCACCAGCUUCGUAGCCCUUUGUAGCUGGGGAACGAGAGGCUGAAGAGCAGCCUCACAGAAAGGCAGCUGGGGGUUCUGGUUGAUGGUACAUAUCACUCUGCUGCUGUAGUACUGACUUUCCUACCUCAAAUUGCCUUUCUGCUUCUAAUUGCUGCUACUGUUAAUUGUUACUGUAUCCUUAGUAUUUGUUACAUAUAUAUACAAACACUUGUGCCUUAGUAAUAACUCUAAUAUGUAGAUGAAUAAAAGCUCUUUCCCUUAUUAAUCAUAGUAUUAUUGCUAGUAGUGAUUUGCGUUAAUUUAUAAUAAAGUAACAAUCUUUAAUAAA